CUAACACACACACUGCAGCGUGACGGCUCAUAGCCAGGGUCAUACUUUGCUACAACUGUAACUGAAACAAGCUUUCAUGAACAGCAAAAUGUAUCACAAAUCAUGCUAAGAUCAUGCGGUUGUUUGCAGAGUACCAGAUAAGUUUACUUGGAGAGUCAUACACGGGUGCUGUGACCGUUAAGUACUACGGACUGGAAGGACACAUCUGCAGCGACGAGUGGGACGACGCUGAUGCCCAGGUGGCGUGCAGGGAGCUGGGCUUCGCGAAUGGCGAGAUGUUUAAUCGCCUCAGAACUGAAGAACAGCAAAAACCUUUCUGGUCAUCGAAAUUCAAGUGCACAGGAAGGGAAAGGCGCCUUGGUGACUGCAAUCACGCAGGCUGGGGGCACAUCACGCAGUGUAAAAGCCAGCACUAUGCCGGAGUUCUGUGCUACGACGAACAAGGUCUGUCCUUCGAACUCGGCGAUGGCAGCUCGGCUUCUGGCCUUCUCAACAUCUCCAUCAACGGCAAGUGGGGUGUGGUCUGUGACCACAAGUGGAAUGACGCGAGUGCCAGGGUGUUAUGUCGCAGUAUGGGCUACACGGAUGGGCGAACCUGGGACGAUGUCGGGACGCAGAAUGCAAGCGCCUUGUGGGGAACGGUCUUGGAAUGUAAAGGUGAUGAGGCUAGUCUGAAAAACUGCGCAAACAUGUUCUGGAAAACAUCAGAGGUGUGUCUACCUAAACCUCGCCUUGCCAGCGCCCAGUGUACCCAUGAUGGUUCCUUACACACGCGAGUACAAAACGGCAAGUCAGGAACCAACUACAUUUCCGGCCGCCUGGAAGUUUCUCGAAAUGGCCUAAUAUGGGAAACUGUGUGUGCAGACAAGAUAGGACGGAACGAAAUAAAUGCCGCCUGUGCUUCCCUGGGAUUCCGAUAUGGAACGGGCGUCAUAAACCACAGGUUUGGUGCUGGCACCGGCAACAUAUACAGAGGUCAGUUCGUCUGCGAUCAAGAUGCCAAGACGCUACAAACGUGUUUGCAGACGACAAGGACUGCCGACUGUGAUCGCUUCUCCAGCAUCGGCGUCUUUUGCUACAACGAUCCUAAGGACGUCUUUAAGAUGAGACUGGAAGGCGGACAGGAGGUGAAGAAAAUGAAGGCAGGUCGACUGGAGGUGGCCGUGGGGGAUCUGCCCUGGGGCAGUGUGUGCGCAGACUCCUUCGGUGAAAUGGAAGCAGAGGCAGCCUGCAGACAGAUGGGCUACCAGCAUGGUGACGUGUACACUGGACCCCUCAAAGGUCAACCUUCGAACAUCGUGCUCGCAAACGUCCGUUGUAUUACGCCUGAAGGAUUUUUCCAGAACUGCAAUCAAAGCCUCUUCAGAGAUGGCGCCUGUAGACAAAGCAGGCCUGUGGCUGUUCGCUGCAUCAACGCUGCAGUUCGUCUUAAGACAUCGUCUGUCGACACAUUCAAUGCCGGAACAGUGCAGUUGUACACUGAAGGCGAGGGGUGGUAUGAUGUGUGCCAUGACGGGUGGAACAAGAUCGAUGCCCAGAAGGUCUGCAGUGAACUCGGUUUCACUGACGGAAGAGAGAUGUGUUGUAACACGCUUGGAUAUUCACCUGCAGGAUCCGACACAGCCGUUGGGGUUUACACAAACGUCUCGUGCAGCUUUAACGACCAGAGCCUGAGUGUGUGCAAUAAACGGAAGGGAGCCCCUUUCUCCUGCCCCAAGAUGUCCAAUGGGGUCCGCGGCCUCGCCUCUGUCAUUUGUUACGAAGAACCCAGGAGAAUGAACACAAGUGUGCAAGUUCACAUAUCGGGAGAUGAACUUGCUGGGUCCGUCAGUGUCAGCCGCUUUGGUCUACAAGGCCAGAUAUGCAUGAACAAGUUCACAGAUAACGAAGCACAGGUGGUGUGUCGCAUGCUUGGCCACCGCGGGGAAGAGCUCUAG